AUGAAUCAAGCGGCCAACAACAGCACAAUAUCUGAAAAUGCUACUGACGUAUGCGCUGCGGCCUCCACUCUGCUCACUUUUUCACCGAUAGGUAUCGGGACAUUGAUCAUCAACGUCAUGAUUGCGGCGGUGAACGGAGCGGUGCUGAUGUUCUAUUUCGCCAACUUUGCCGUGAUCAAGGAAUUUCACGUCUAUGUUGUAGCGCUGAUGAGCACCAAUUUCCUGUUUGCCGCUGUCUUUGGACCGCUGGAUGUCAUGAAUCAACACGUCGGAGCGUGGUGCUGGGGCACCCAUUGGUGUACGUUUCGUCUGUAUUCCGGUACGGUCGCCAUCACUCUGCAGUAUCUGAUCCAUACCACCGUCGCCAUGUGUCGCUGUUGCGCGGUGAUCUUCCCGAUACAGUAUCGCCAUCGGCAUAACACCCGCCUUGCCGUAGUUCUCUGCGCUCUGUGCUGCAUAGCCGCUCAUCUCUUAGUUGUCCCGAUUCUCCUUAUGGAUGCUCUGCUUUACCGACAACCGGAAACCUUGGUUGGCUGCGACUUCAACUACCAGAUGCUGCCGGUACAAAUCUGGUCGUAUAUUUAUCAAGCUGUCACCUAUCUUACACUGUUCCUGGUACUGGCUCAGUAUCCGACGGUUUUGUACAUUCGCCGCAAACGUAACCGGACCCUACGGCAGGUUGGGCCCGCCGGAUCGAAGAAAAUCGGUGAUCAAAGACAGCCGGUCGCUGCGUCAUCAACACCAUCAAACAACCAGAAUACAAAACCGGAGAGCAACGCUUUUCUACUGCUAACGUUGCUGACGGGCAGCGUGUUCAUCUUCUGGACACCGACGGCCAUCGUCACGCCGUUGGUGGCCAUGGACGUCGAUCAGGUCGCUUUGGGCUGGGUUUUCGAGCUCAUGGAAGUGCAGGCCAUAGUCGAUCCGAUCAUCUUUGUCUUGUCUCUGCCGGAUCUGCGCCAGCUGAUAUUUCGACGAACUCUCUGA